ACGGCUGUGUCUUCCUGCUGUCCUACCUUGCCAGCGACGGGCUCUUUCCAUCCAGCUGGCUCUGCAGAAGCAGAGUCCUCCGGGCUGGUAUAGCACCUUGUGCUCUCCUUUGCUCCUUGCUUCAUCAUAGAAAAAGGAAAAAGCUCUGGAGAUGGACCUGUCCUACAGAUCCACCAUCUCCAUCUAUAAGAGUAUCCUGGAGCAGUUCAACCCUGCGCUGGAGAACCUGGUGUACCUGGGAAAUAACUACCUGCGUGCCUUCCACGCAUUAUCCAAAGCGGCUGAAGUGUAUUUUAAGGCAAUCGAGAAGAUUGGGGAGCAAGCGCUGCAGAGUUCCACCUCACACAUGCUGGGUGAAAUUCUGAUGCAGAUGUCCAACACGCAGAGACUCCUGAGCUCUGAUCUAGAAGUCGUGGCUCAGACCUUCCACGUGGACCUGCUGCAGCACAUGGAGAAGAACACCAAAAUGGACGUGCAGUUCAUCAGCGAAAGCCAGAAGCAGUAUGAGCUGGAGUACCAACGCAGAGCCACCAACCUGGAUAAGUGCAUGGCAGAGCUGUGGAGAAUGGAGAGGGCCCGUGAUAAAAAUGUCCGGGAGAUGAAGGAGAACGUGAUGCGACUGCGCUCAGAGAUGCAGGUGUUUGUCUCUGAGAGCCAGAGGGAGGCUGAGCUGGAGGAGAAACGCCGCUACCGCUUCCUGGCUGAAAAGCACCAGAUGCUCUACAACAUUCUCCUCCAGUUUUACAGCAGGGCACGGGGCAUGAUCCAGACCAAGACUCCACAGUGGAAGGAGCAGCUGGAAGCCAGCCGCAACCCGUCAAACAGCCACUCACAAGGUCUUCUCACGGCCUCCCACAGCCAGGGAUAUCCGUCAGGCCGGCUCACCCCCACCCACCUCGAGAUGCCCCAGAGACCCCUUGUUUCUCCCAUGACUGGGAGUAGAUCCAGUGUCUUAUCUCCGGAGCCUCCAGAAAUGAGACUGUCUCCUCAAUCAGAUUCCCCCAGGCAGCCACUGCGGCGGACACCAUCAGCAAGUUUGCUCCCUACUGGCCGUACCUCCCGUUCGGGUUCCUUUGGAGAGGCCAGCAGCGGCAGCGAAGGCAGGAGGAGGACCGGCAUGGUGAGAGUGCAGGCUAUCGUGGCCCACAUGACGGGUGCCAACCGGACGCUGCUACGGUUUGACCCCGGGGAUGUCAUCACGGUGCUGAUGCCGGACGCACAGAAUGGCUGGCUGUAUGGCAAGCUGGAGGGCUCAUCAACACGCGGCUGGUUCCCCGAAGCUUAUGUCAAGCCUCUGCAGGAUGCGAGGGAGAUGGAGGAGACAGCCACCAGGUCCUUCCCACUGCGAAGCAGUCACAGUAUGGAUGACAUCCUGGACCAUCCCAACACUCCUUCCUCUAGCAAUUACUGGCCUGCUGCUGCCCAGCCCAGUUUGCCAAACCCACCUCCCCUCCCGAUGGGUGCCAGCAGUCACCAGAGUGCGGUGGCCACCCCUGUCAGUUCUGGCUCCAAGAAAUCAGGAGUAUUUGAGCAGCCCCCUGAACUCUUCCCACGAGGUACCAACCCCUUUGCCACAGUCAAGCUGCGUCCCACAGUCACCAACGACCGCUCGGCACCCAUCAUCCGAUGA